CAACCUUUCCUUCUCACGGUGCGACUGAAAGUAGAUCCGCUGCUUUCAAGAAACGAUCCAACUCAACCAUGAGAGCUCAGCGUGUUGCUCUCCCUCCCCCCGAUCCGACUACCAAUAGUACUACUAGGACUGCCACCAGGGUACCACUCAAUCCCAUCGCCUCUACCAAUCAUGGUCCUUCUGAUGGGUUCUCUAAGACGACGAAUCUUGGGCACUCCAACACUACUCAUAAGCAUCUACCAUCCACUCAUCCUCAUGGAGUCAAUGUGUUGUCUUCCAGUGAGCCUAUGAUCCCCAAUCGUGGAUUCAAGCCGUCAAGAACUGCCUCUGGAUCGAGCCAAGUUGCCCCACCCCCUACUUCACAUCCGGUCCCCACACGCCCUCUUCCCAGACGUGCAAUUCCAGAGUCAGACCGGUUAUCGAAAGGCAUUCAAGCCUUCAAAGUCUUCAAAGCCAGCUCUCAAAUCCAAUCCAAAGUCAGUCCCCAGUCGACCGCUUGCUCCUGCAUCAUCAAAACCGAUUCCUCACACUCUUGUGUCUGGCUUACCCGAAGAACUUCGGAUUCCUGUCCUCACUCCUCUUCCACCAUCCCCUGCACCCGAAUCAAACGAAGCCCCCGUGUCAAGCGAGCCGCCACUAGAGCCCUCCGUCCCCUCGCCAAUCUCCGAUGAACCUCAGUCUGAACAAAUUUCUACCGCACUCCCUGAAUCGGUGCCAUCACGACUACUACCACCAUCACAACCUCUUUUAGAACCUUCAACUAUUGUGCAAUCUUCACCCCCCAUCGUGGACCCUUCACCACCCAUCGCAGAACCUUCAUCUAUUGAGGAACCUUCACCACCUAUUGCGGAACCUUCACCAACGAUCGUACAACCUUCUGAUAGUCAUCCGACUCCUCCCGUCUCUCGAUCAACUAAAAAAGGGGUCGUAGUUCCUGACCCCCCAGCUUCCAAACCUCCCUCAACUAACAUAUGUACUCGAUUGCCUGAUGAUCUUAUUGUACCCAUGAGUGUGCCCUUGCCCCCAUCACCCAACUCGCCUUAUCUGUUUAAAACAUCAAAUCCUCCGACAUUUGCCAAGUCGAAACCACCCAAGACCCCUGCCUUCCAGAAAUCCAACUCAUCUGCUACGCCUAGACGACCUUACCCUGCAGCUACGCCGCACCGAAAACCUCACGCUACAACAUCCAAGACGAUAAGCAAGUCCGAGUACCAUUCGGCGGCUCAAAAGACGCCAAUGAAGACUACCUCGUUAUCACAAUCACUCUCUGCGACACCAGGUCAGCGAGGAAGAAGCGUCAAUGACCCAACAGCCAGCUCAAGUCGCUCGGUUUCGGCUAGUGGUGGACCAACCCAGUUACUCGUCGACUUUGACCACGAAGAUACUAUUUGGAUGCCAUUACCUCCAAAGGUCAACAGCGACUUG